AUGAGUAUCAAAUUCUCUGUCCAAGAGCCGCCUGUUACGCAGCUUCGGCCACUGCACACCUACCAGCAAUCUCUGCAAUCAUCAAAUGAUCAGCUACUACACUGGACCAGCUCAUUUGAGCCAAGACCUGAUCGAGACACUGCCAUCAAGGCUUUUGUGAAGCUCGUAUCUCGACUUAUUGUUCUCGACGAUGGAGAGAGCUUUUGUAUCCAAGACUCACAACGUGGAGGAUAUAUCUUGGCAAAUUCGGUUGCUGAAACCGUUGAAUUUGUUCAAUAUGAAGUUGAUCAAGAUAUUCCCACUCAAUUCUCUAUUGGCCAAGGAAAGGAUGUACAGCUUCACAUCGAAGCCAAUGGCGAGAUUCGCCUGACAGUCAAGUCGACAACAGUCCCUGAAGCGGCUCUCCAAGCCCUAGGAUGUAUGUUUGACGACAUCCUUAGCCAGGAAAACCAGACUGGACUCUCCAGUUGGUCUAAACCUUCUGUCCUCAACUUUCCACCAAGGACCAGUCCCAUGGAUCUUGCUCGUCAGGAUGGGACACAAUCAAAUCAUGUCCAAAGUGACUCGAACAAGACUGGCUUUUUGCAUCGUUGGUUUGAGCAAAGGGCACUUGAGCACCCUGAGACGACUGCAAUCGACUACCUAACUGAUCUCAACAGCGGCAGCCGAGUCCAGUUCACAUAUCGACAAGUCUCCAACAUCGCGACUACUCUAGCCGCCAGGAUUUCGGAAUUGGCUGCACAAUCGUCACAGUCGUUCAAGACUGUUGCUGUUCUUUUGGGACCUUGUCCUGAACUCUACAUUUCUUACAUGGCAGCUUUGAAGGCUGGAGUUGCCUUUUGUCCCAUCGCUGUUGACGCACCCAAGGAAAGAAAAGAGGCCUUGAUGGCAGAUUUGAAACCAGUCGCUAUCGUGACAAGCUCAUCUCUGCUCAACUCAGAUACCUGGCUAGGUACUCGAGAUCUUUCAACAGAAGCUGUUGAUGUUACUCCUUACCUCGCUUCUCCCGACAUUGAACCAACACAGCUGUCAUCUCAACCAACUACAGUAGAUGAUAUAGCCUACAUUCUUUACACUUCUGGAACAACCGGUCUUCCAAAGGGUGUAGCAGUCAGCCAUCUCUCUGCGUCAUGCACCAUCUCCUCUCUGAGCACUCACUAUAACUUUACUCUCCCACCAGCCGGAAGCAAGCCAGUUCGAUGGUUUCAAGGCGCAGCACCAACCUUUGACAUUUCUCUGUUUGAGAUCUUCUGGACCCUAAGUAGUGGAUCGACACUCUGCUGUGCACCCCGCCAUCUCACCCUUCAGAACAUCGACAAGGUUGUUACGACACUGGAGGCUGAUAUCACGAAUAUCACACCCAGCUUCGCCAGCCUUUUGGAUCCGAAAUCGAUCAAGGGGUUGAUGGUAGGUGGUGAGACACUGAAUGCAAGACUCUUGCAGGACUUUGCCCAAUGGAAUCCGUCGGGAGACGAUGAGACUACGCAUGUGCCUAGAGGCAUCUUCAAUGGCUAUGGGCCAACAGAGACAGCUAUUUACUGCAUUGCGCAAGCUCAUGUCCCCGAUAACCAGCGAGGUUCAGUUAUCGGAACACCGCUAGCGACAUGUGGCGCUCUCAUCGUGGAUCAGCCGUCAUCCCAAGGUCUGCAGCCUGUUCCCAUGGGCGCAAUUGGAGAACUUGUCAUCACAGGGCCCCAAGUCAGCAAGCUUGGGUACCUCAACCGCCCAGAAGAGACUGCGCUAGCCUUCAUCGAUGAUGCGACGUGGGGACGGGUCUACAAGACUGGAGAUCGGGCAAGAGUAGUCUUUGAUCCCAAUGGCGCACCUGUCAUUGAGUUCCUGGGCAGAAUAUCCGACGAUCAAGUCAAGCUCAGCGGCCGACGAGUUGAGCUUGGUGAGAUUGAGAGUGUACUAGCAAGCAAGGUAGACGGAGUGAGGGAGACGAUGGCUUGUGUCUGGAAGCAAGGUGCAGAGUCUGGUUCGGAAAAGGUUGUCAGCUUGGUUGUUGUUGAGCCUCGUGGUGGAGUGAGCUUCGAGACUGUUCAUCAAGAGUGCUCGAAUGCUGCGCGACUGCAUCUACCAGAUUACAUGAGACCUUUCAGGAUCUUGGAAGUCGAUGCGCUUCCGAGGUCUGCGUCUGGAAAGGCGGAUCGCAGGGCGGGUCUGAGAAUGGUCAAUGACUUGUUAGCGAAGGAUGGAGACAUGAGCUUUCUAACACCUAGUCAGGGUGGCAAUUCACAUACUCUCCAGCCUUUGGAGGAUUCCAAUGAUGUCAAGUUGGAGGAAGAACUCCUUUGUAUCGUGCGCGGUGUGCUUAGCGAUGGCUCUACGGAGGGCCCUAUCGUUACGGCCGCCACCGUCCUAGCCGACGCAGGCAUCGACAGUCUCCGAGCAAUGCGUGUUUUGCGAGACGUCAGAAAGCGAUGGGCAGUCUUUGAACGUUCCUCAAGCCGUUCAUCUCGAGCCAGACUCCAGCCAUCGCUUUCUGUCCUUCUUGACGCAAACGCCACUCUCCGUUCCGCCUUCUUUCCCAGCAUAGAGGACCUAGAGACACCAACCUCUUCCAGCACAAAGGAGUCUGACACAAGGGCUAAGCUGGAGGCCUUCGGUGCUAAGCACCUACCUGAGGCCGUUGAGAAGCUUGGUUUGAAGGAGUCCGACAUUGAGAUGGUACUUCCUGCGACGAGUACUCAGAGUCAAUUGGCUGUCAGCUUUGCCAUGGACAAGCGCAACUACAUCAGCCAUACUGUCUUGCGACUCAAGUCUGGUGUUUCUGCUGCUGCUCUGAAGGAUGCUGUCAGUGAUGUACUUUCACGACAAGCCAUUUACCGGUCCGCGAUACUUCCCUGCGAUGACAAUCUGUCUCCGUUCAUACAGGCGACUCUGACUAUGGGCGCUUGGCGGGGAUUGGUGGGGGGAUCUAGCGUAGUCAUGCACAAGGCCAACGAUGAGCGACUCUUUUCGGAUGCGCAAUCAUGGAUUGAGCUGGCUGAGGAAGAGCUCAACCUCGAGACUCAGAGGCUGUAUUAUAUCCAGAUUGUUGAGUCAGAGAACACCGACAAUGGUGGGCUUUUGGUCAUCAGCGCCGCGCACUGCAUCUGCGACGGACCGUCUCUUGAGGUUCUGAUGAGCGAUAUUGCCCGACAGUAUGCUGGUAUGGAACCUCUUCCGCGACAAGGAAUUUAUGAAGCCGUCUUCGAUUGGGCCUCCAACGUCAGCGCGGACACGAACCAGCUGUGGCAGAAGGCUCUCGAAGGAUGGGAGACUGAGCCUCUCGGGGCCAUCAGCGGUAACAAUGUUAAGCCGCCAGCUGCUGGAGCUCGUCAACAUGCUAUGGUUCAGCAUUCCAGCGACAUCUCCUGGGAUGUUCUCGAGACCAAGAGUCGAGCACUGGGAGCCUCACCACUCACAAUCCUCCAAGCGUCGUGGGCUAUGCUCUUGCACAUCCUCUCUGAGGCCGACACCGACGAUGUCACCUUUGGCAGCGUUCUAUCAGGCCAUGAUGAGUUUAUUCACGCGCCGACCUUCUCUGUUGUUCCAUGCCGCGUUGCUUUGCCCGAGUCACAGUCCGUGCGUCAACUCAUUCACAGUUUGAUGGGUCACUCUCGAUUCGCGCAAGGCCACAGACAUACUUCCUUUGGUGUCUUCAAGACUCUUCCCUACAACACCGCUCUCGCCCUCCAAGCAUACCCUUCACCCGACGAUGGUAGCGAUGGCGCCGCUCUGUGGACCGAGAUCUCGAACCCUGCUAUACGUUAUGACUUUGCCAUGUUUGCAGAGGUCUUUCCCACGAACCCCAACUCUGCGGAUCGCAACGGAAGGUUCGACGACGUUUUCUUCAAGGUGACCUAUCGCGACGAGACAUUCUCUGAGCUCUCAGCUUCAUGCAUCGUGAAGCAAUUCGCGGCUCUUACAGAAGUUAUCCUUCAGUCGGUGCCAAAUGACUUGGUCCAGACACUGCCAGCGCGCAUGGAGCGAGCUUUGUUGUCCGCCGAAGGAACGAUUCCUGUUCAACACGACAUUGAGGCGAUGCCUGAAGACCUAAGAGAGGCUUACGAGAGGACCCAAGUUCUGCAUGCUCAAUUCGAAGACCAAGCUGCGGCUACACCCGGUCUCCUGGCUUUGAGCUUCUACUCUUCCCUCGAUGCUCCUCCAGUUGAGUUGAGCUACGCUGAGCUUGACAUCCGAGCCAACGGUCUGGCCAACAUCCUCCGCGAACAAGACAUCGACAUCAUCCCCAUUUGCAUGGAGCGCAGUGUCGAGCUAUACGUCUCAAUCCUGGCUAUCAUCAAAGCUGGAUCGGCAUGGUGCCCCAUCGAUACUACAUCUCCCGUUCAGCGACGCACAUCACUCAUAGCAAGAGCACAGAGUAAAUUUCUUCUUACAAACACCGAGUCGCUCCCACUGGUCGAACCGUGUCUUGAACAAGGAACUUUGAAGGAUGUUCAGAUUAUUUUGGUGGACAAGUACACCGAUUGUAAGACGUCUGUUCGAGCCAAGCCACGCGAUAGCAUUUCAUCCUCCAAGGUCAGUGGAAAAGACCUGGCGUAUCUGCUAUGGACAUCUGGAACAACGGGAGAACCCAAGGGAGUCAUGAUCCAGCACAGCGCCGCCGCCCAAGCCAUGCGAGACCUGCAAGUACAGGUUGAACAUGACGACAGCGAACAAGUGCGCACACUCCAGCUUUCGGCCUACAGCUUUGACGUCUUUGUUCAAGACCUUUUCUACACUUGGGGCUUGGCUGGUAAAGUCAUUAGCGGUACAAGGGAGCUUGUUCUGGGCACAUUCACUGAGUUCAUUUGGAAGUCUCAACCAACUCAUGCCCACCUUACUCCCUCAUUCGGUGCUAGCAUCGCUGUGAAUGAGUUGAAAGGUUCCACUUUGCAGUACGUCACCUUCAUCGGCGAGAAGCUCACUGAAGAUGUCGCUGAAGCAUGGGCGGCUCCUGAUAUCACCACCCGUGCUUACAACACGUACGGCCCAGCUGAGAACGCUGUUGUUUCGACAAUGAGGCGCUUCUAUGGCAAGAGUCGCGAUGACGCCAAAGCUGCCAACGUGGGUUUCCCUCUGAACCCAUGCACAGCUUACGUUAUGCGCGAAGUCGGUACCGCUGAAGGUACUAACCGAUGGGAGCUUGUCCCACGAUAUGGUGUCGGUGAAUUGGCUCUCGGUGGUGCGCAGGUCGGCAAAGGAUAUCUCGCGAACGAGGCCAAGACGACAAAGGCUUUCAUCCAAGGUGGUCCUGGUAUCGAUGAGCGCAUCUAUCUGACCGGUGAUCUUGUUCGCUUGAACGACCAUGGCUUUGAGUUCCUCGGUCGCAACGAUGAUCUGGUCAAGAUCACAGGUAUUCGUAUCGAGUUGAGCGAGAUCAGUGCCGCGUGCGCAAGUCUGAAGGAUGAUGAUGCGGCAAUUGAGCAUGUCGAAACUCUUUACCUUCAGCGACCCGGUGCGCCCGCCGAAAACAACAACAAGGUCGUUGUCACGUUUGUGUCUGUCAAGGUUGCGAAUGUCGACACAGGGAAGAUCAGGACACAGGUGUUCAAGAGGGCGAAGGAUAUGCUACCCUCGUACAUGGUUCCUGGUCAUGUUGUUGUUUUGGAUACGACUAUGCCUCGAACCGCAUCCAACAAGGUUGACCGGAAGGCGCUGCAGGCUAUCUACGCUGAAUCGGAUCUGAACGUAUUGGCUGGUAGAGAUGAUGCCGCAGGGUCGCAAGGUCAAGGUCCUGCUAAUACAAGACAACAAUGGACAUCUGAACAGCUCACCAUUCUCAAGACCAUUGCUUCCAACUUCAACAUCGCAAUCGAGAACCUCUCACCUGAUGACAGUUUGGCAGGUCUAGGCUUGAGCUCUCUGCAAGUGACCAAGUUGGCUUGGCUACUACGACGAGAGCUUCAAUGUCAAGUUGGCGUUCUUGAUCUCAUGGGAUGCGAAUCACUUGGCGAGUUGGUUGACAUCACUUUGAGUCGCAUGCCCAAGACUACCCAAUCGCAAACGAGCGAAGUGAAGCCUGCUGAGAGCUCGUGGCUAGCUCCUAUCAAGGCUGCGCUCACAGCAAGCAUCAAAGGCGCUUUACGACCAAGCGACACAACAUCUAUUAUACCUGCGACACCAAUGCAAGAGUCGCUCAUCGUCGAGACUAUGCUCGAACCGCAAGCUUACUGGGCUCAUCGCGUGUUCGAUCUUAAUCAUCUAGACGAGAUCGACGCACGUCAAUUGAAGAGAGCUUGGAUUGCAGCUGCCAAGCGAUUCGACAUUCUUCGAACGAUCUUCGUUCCUCUCACUCAACUCGACGUCGAAGGAAACGAUAAUACUGUCAGUUGGGCGAAAGAGUUGGGAGUCCAAUCUACGAUUCUUCAACUCAUUCGAGACAAGCCAACUGUUCGCUGGACUCAGAUCUCCGACGAGCAGAACCAGUCUCUGGGUGAAGUAGCUCGGGUACUACAGACAGAGCUUUCCCCUACCACAACCAUCGAGCCACCUUGGGCCGUCACAUUUGUCGAAGAGUCGAACAAGAUGAUGCUCAGUAUGCACCACGCCCUUUACGACGCCGUCGCAUCGGACAUGUUCCUCGAAGCCGUCUCCAAGUUCUACAACAUGGAGCCUCUGGAGGGCCUAGGCAAGGUUGCACAAUUUGACACAGGCCUUGACUUGGGUCUGUUGCCUCCACCCACGAAGAGAGAUGAAGCGACGUCGCUUUGGAACCGUCGCUUGGAGGAGCUGAGCAAGACUGUCUCUGGAGGCAUGCUGAAUGGUCUUUUGCCUGACCUGACACAAUCUCGACAGAAGCAGACCCAGAAGAUUCUCCUUGCUAAGAAGGACAUUCCUGCUUCUCUAUUGGACUCGGCUUUGAGUGUGUCGCUUCCAACUCUGCUUCAAUCAGCCUUCGGUUGUGUGUUGGCCUCGUACCUCGAAUUAGACUCAGUCAUACUCGGCCACACCGUCUCCCAGAGGGCUUUACAUCCAGAUCUCGAGAACGUAGUUGGUCCUGCUAUCGCUACCUUGCCUCUCAUCAUUCGCUCAAACGCGACUUCGGCCGAGGAGCUGUGGAAAGAAAUGGCUCGUGACUCAGCGGAGUUGUUCAAGACGACACACAAUCUUCACCCAGUUGAUGUGAAGAAGAUGCUCAAUCGGGGAAGUAGUAGUAGCAAUGCGCCAUUCCCAGGUCUUUUUGUGUACCAUCCCGCAUCUGAUGAUAUCGAUGAUGGAUCUGUCUCGCACAUGUUCAACGAGGUCGGACAGGCACUCUCACUCAAUGUUGAGCAUCCUCUCGCCUUGAACGUGUUCGAGGGAGACAAGUCGAUUGAACUUACUGGUGAUGGGCGUCGUAUCUCCCAACCACAGCUAGAACUCUUGUUGGACCAGAUUCUUGACCAGGCUCGGGUUAUGAUUGAAGCUUCACAGGUCCCGCUGUCGCAGCUGCAGAACAGAAUGGGAGGACACCUUCUGUCUACCAGUGGCGCUGUCACCACGAUCGAGAAUACCCCAGCAAACCCAACCGACAGUGUCGCUUUGCAUGCGUCUCAACAUCCAGACUGGAUCGCAGCCGAGGAAGUCAUCUUCCAAUCCUCUGACGAUGAUGAGGAGAUAGUCACCAAGACUAUUACCUACGCCCAGCUGGAUAAGCUCACCAAUGCCAUCGCUACGAAGCUCGCGCAGCAUGAAGCCAAUAUUCAGCCUGAUGAUCCUGUCGCUAUGUGUUUAGGCAGAGACAUAAAGUCGUUGGCAGUUACUCUAGCCAUCUUCCGCGCUGGGUUUAUCUACCUUCCCGUCGACGAAGAUUUGCCUUCUGCUAGAAAGCAGCUGCUCAUUCGAGACGCGGGUGCGAAAUUAGUCAUUACCACGGAUGAACUUGUCGCCGACCUUAGACUUGAUGCGAACGAUGACGCCCCAGUUAUCACACUCCCCGAUGACCAGGAUGAUCUCGAUAUCAUUUCUGCUUGGCCUGUAUCCGAGCGACACUUCGAGGCUGGUGAUGGAGGCUACCUCCUCUACACAUCCGGCUCCACAGGUCGUCCCAAGGGUGUUCGAGUCUCCAACAACAACCUUUGCCAUUUCAUCUCUGCCUUUAGCAACCGUCUGAUUGAACACUCACCAGCAACAGCUAAGCUUGGAAGUGUCGGCAAGUACCUCAACCUCACAUCGCGAGCCUUCGACCCUCAUUUGACUCAGCUCUUCGUACCAUGGCAUCUUGGUCACCGAGUCGUCAUCGGCAAAGACCGCAGCUCCAUGAUGGCGAAUCUGAAGGAGCUCAUCAAUGAGUUGAGCAUAACCCACUUCGGGUCUGUUCCCUCUGUCUUGACUCAAUUGCGAUUGAGGCCUCAAGACGUGCCCUCUGUGCGAGUUGUCACUACAGGUGGUGAGAAGGCUUCCAAUGAGCUACUCAACACAUGGGCACAGGACACCAAGGCUGGGGAUGACAGAGCUGUGCUCUUCAACUUCUACGGUCCAACGGAAGUCACCAUCGGAUGUCUUGGUCAUGCAGUCAAUCACGAUUCCAACGCGCGCAACCUCGGUCUUCCCCUCCAAGGCCUCGAGACUGUUCUUCUUUGCCCUAGCACUUCCUCUGAUGAACUUGUUGUCGCACGAAGAGGCCAACCAGGUGAACUAUGCAUCGCAGGUCCCCAAGUAGCCAUGGGCUACCUCAACCGUCCUGUCGAAGACGCCAAGAGCUUCCAAACCGUCUCCAUUCAUGGAAGUACUAAGAGAGUCUACAGGACGGGCGACAUGAUGCGCAUGAUGAACGACGGGACACUUGAGUUUCUUGGUAGAGCCGAUCAACAAACCAAAAUCCGUGGUCAGAGACUUGAGCUGGAUGAGGUCGUCGGUUUCCUCAAGCAGGUCGCUGGUAACGCGGGCGACCUAGACUUUGCCGCUGCGGUUGCUUCUAGCGGCGAUGGGUCUACCCAGCAGCAGCAGCUUUUAGGCUUUGUCGCAAAGAAGUCAACUGGCAUUGAAGUUGAGCUUUUAUACGACUAUGACCGCGAAUCAGGCCUACUGCUGGAUACCAUCGAGCAAGAGUGCCAGGCCAAGCUCCCAGCAUUCAUGGUUCCCACUAUGGUCUGGGUUACCAAGAUUCCCUACUUGGCUGCAUCAGGCAAGGUUGACACCAAGCUCUUGGGGCGAUUGGCAAGCGACUUCCUAGCGAGACAGCGGCAUGAGGAAUACGAAGACGCCAUCGGUCAGAGUCUCAGUACUGGUGAAGAUCUUAGUCCAGAAGAGUCGCUCGUCGUCGCGGCCAUUGAAGAAUCUGUGGGCGUUAGUGUCAAGGCUACUUCAAACAGCAGCAUCCACCGCCUUGGAAUUGACAGUCUUUCUGCUAUGACUCAUAUCCUCACAGCUUCGUGCACGGUUAGGGAUAUUGCCAGACUCGCUGAUAACGCCGCUUCAUCCACCGACAGCACUCCGAUUGCGACACCAACAUCUAUGGAUGGUCAACACGAGAUGCUAGUCAACACCAAUGAUCUUACUGUGGCAGACCUUGGACCACUCCCGACUGGUCUUGAAGCAAACAACAUCGAGGCUGUACUGCCUUGCCUUCCUCUCCAAUCUGCUCUCAUCGCUCGCUCCUUGGUGUGGCUCAGCGCUUAUGACAGCGACUCGGAAGGGCAUGAUGUGCCUUAUGUGGCUCAGUUCAAUUACCGCCUUGAUCGCGACACUGAUAUCGCCAGAUGGAAGAACGCGGCUGAGCAAGUUCUCAUUUCAGAAGCCAUGUUAAGGGCAUGCUUUAUCCAGCGAGAUGAGGAUGGCCAGAUAUUCCAAGUCGUUCUUCGAUCACCGCCUGUCUCGCCGCUACAGGAUACUCGACCUGCCGAUAUUGUCGCUCAGAUGCACGUGCAGCCUCCCGUCAGAUUGCUCGUUACUGAGAGCCCCGAUGGAGCGACCGUCUCUCUCAAGAUCCACCACGCACUAUUUGACGGUGUUGCGAUCGACUCCAUUAAACAGAAGCUUGAGCAAGCAUACAAUGAUCCAAGCUCUGUAUCUUCUACCUCCUUCCAUACCUUGAAUACUCUGUCGAGAGUUUCGCACCACUGUAACCUGACAGGUGAGGAGUUCGAAGGCACCAAGCGCUCUUGGCAAGAAGAAUUGAGAGGCAUUCAACCAUGUCGCAUUAGCGCUUCUGACGACAACAACACGAGCGGUCCAAUGGCUCGCGCGACUCUUUGUCUGGGCUUCACAUCUUCCGAACUUAAUGCCAAGCUCAAGUCUGGGUCUGACGCAACGAUCUCGACCUCUUCGGCGUUUCAGCUGGCGACAAGCCUCUGUCUUGCGCAGCUUACUCAACAGUCGUCCAUCACCUAUGGCUUUGUCAUGUCGCUUCGGCCGUUACUCGACGACGUCGCCGAUAAUGUUGACAGUCUUGUCGCACCAUGCCUCAACACACUGAUCCGAACUCUCGCUCUCAAUGAUCAGGGUGAGAGUCUUCCCGAACUCGCUCAGAGAGUUCACAAGGGUCACACCAAUGUCUGUCGAGGAAAAAUGCCGCUCGUCAGCGUAGACAAAGUCCAGCGCUGGUCUAGCUCGCAGGACAAGUUGUUUGACAGUCUUCUGAGCAUCAACGUUAUGCCCGCCCGCGACGAAGAGGAGUCGAAACCAGGACGCAUGACUGCCUUGCCGACUUCCAGUAGUAGUGACAUGGCCCUUGCAAUUGAUGUUGAUCUUCACGCCGAUGGCAAGAUCGUCUUGACGCUUUCGUCUGCUGGCGCUUUGAACGAGAAGCAAUUGGGCGACGUCGGCCAGCUGUUUGAGAAGGUUUUGUAUAGCUGUUCUGACAGUAAUGUCAAGAUCUCGGACAUUGGACCCGCGCUGCUUGUAACAACGGUCCCUUCAUCAAUCACCCAGAAGGGCUCCAACAGUGGCAUUCCCGAAUUGAACACAACCAACACCGAUUACAAGAAGGCCUUGGCUGACGUACAAGAAACGAUCAGUCGCCUCCUCCGUCUCAACCUCUCAGAAGUAUCCUCCAAGCCAGAGUCUACCUCACUGUACCAACUGGGCCUCGACUCCAUUACAGUUCUUCCAUUCGUGAAGCAGAUCAACAAGUCCAACAAGACGAAAUUGUCUUCGCAUGCAGUCAUCAAGGCGCGUACUAUCAAGGGAGUCGCGGAACUCCUACGCGACGCCAGGACCAAGCAGACAUCGACCACGAAUGGCGUUCAAACAACCUCGGUCGCGAAGCCUGAGAUCAACGCAUUGAGCGAGGGCAAUAUUUAUGACAGAACCCUCGCUCAGCUGGCCAGGGACUUGAUGUUCGUCGCGACACCCCUCCAAGAGGGCAUGCUUAGCGCCUCACUUGCCACAAGUGGAAACGCAUACACCUAUGUGCAUGCUAUUCAGCUGUCCGACACUGCUCUUGACGCCGACACCCCCAACCUCGAUCAAUUCCUCGCUGCUGUCAAAGACACAGUAAUGGCCUGCGAGAUUCUCCGAACUCGGUUCAUGUUCACGGACGACGAUGACUCACCAUGGGUCGGUAUCGUUUCUCCAACUGAGCAGAGCGAUCUUGUCAAUUGGGAAGUCAAGUCAUCGCCUCGUGGUAGGGUUCAUCUACGAAUCCACCAUGCACUUUACGAUGCGACUUCCAUUCAAGCGAUCUGGCACAUUUUGGAGGAGAACUAUCUCCGACGGCUUAACGGCGAGGUUUCUCAAUCGCCCAGCUCCCCAAAGCGUCUCUUCCGUCCUUUUGCAAAAACUGUUGCUUCUUCUCAGCGGUCAGCAAUUGCAUUUUGGACAGGCGAAGUUCGAGACUACACUUACACGCCAAUUGACUUCCCACCCGACGAACUCAAGGCAUCAUCUGCGUUCCAUUUCUCUCUGGACGAGCAGGAUCUAUCUCUUCUUCAAUCCAGAUGCAAAGAUCUCGGUGUUACCGUCAAGGCAGCACUCCAAUUGGCAUGGGUCAAGGUUCUUUGCGAGUCACUCUAUCACCAAGCCGACGUGGUGUACGGCGAAGUGGUGUCCACCGACGCGGAUGAUGAUGUUGCGAUUGUUGGGCCUACCAUCAACACUCUUCCGAUGAGGGUCAAGCUUGGAGUUACAAGUGGCACCAUCACUGUAUCUCAGGCUUUGAGCCUUGUACAAAAGCAGAUUGACUCUGCACGAGGCACCAACUCGAUGGCAUCUUUGAGAAAGGUCCAGACACAGUGGCGAUCGAGCCAGCAGGGACAGACUUCAGCUGGUCUCUUCCAGAGCCUUUUCGUGUUUGAUGGGGUGAUCGGGUCUUCCGAUGCCGCUGACGCAUCAUCGUCACUGUUCAAGCCAGCCGAGGCCAACUCUGGAGACUCGACUGGGCCCGCCUACGAUGACUAUCCUCUCAUUGUCAGCUUCCACAUCAAGGACAACAAGCUCAACGGAAAAUUGAGAGCCAAGACGUCCGCAACAGAGGUCAAUGCUAUCGGUGAACAAUUGUCCGCUUCGCUGAAGCAUGUGCUACAAGGGCCAGAAUCGCCUGCCAUCAACACUAAGCACCUUCGCGUCGCUGGAAAAGUCGAAGUCACAAAGACAAAGAGCGACACAGUCAAGUCCACGGACUUGAACGGCUUGACCCCAACAGCAGAUGCGGUUCUCAACGUCGUCGAAAAGGUAAUUGGUACAAGACGUGGAGGUAAGAAGAUUGGCUACGACACCAAAUUGAUCAGUGUUGGUCUUGAUUCCAUCUUGGCCAUUCGUUUGUCGAAGCUAUUGAAGGAUCAGGUUGGAUUGAGUGUGAGCGUGUUUGAGAUCAUGAAAGGAGCUAGUGUUCGGGAUAUUGCUUGUCGUACAUCCAAGGGUGGAAAGGCGUCGGUCAAGAAGGUGACGUCGUCGACGGUGGAUGAGGGACUGAAGGUGCCGAUGGCCAAGGCUCUCGGUAUACCGGAGAGUCUUGUCAAGUCUGUUCUACCAGCUUUGUCUGGACAGCGAUCGCAUUUGGAGCAGUGGGUGCACAAUGGUAAGAGGUUCUUCGAGCCACCGUGGGUGUACAGAGUAGACGACUCUCUCACCGAGGACAUGGUGUCCAAUUCCUGGGCUAAACUUGUUCGCACUCACGAUGUUCUUCGAACAACCUUUGUUUGUGAGAGCGCUGGAGAAUUGUUCCAGGCGACUCUCAAUGAACAGUGGUCGCCUCUACAGAACUUCACAACCAUUCGGGAGUCAACAAAGACGAUCGAGGCCUUGAUCCAUGAUCAUGUUGCCGAGGAAAACAUUAAGGUGUCUGGCAUGAAGAGCCCUGCAGCGCGACUUUCGUUCUUGGAGGCUUCUGAUGGCAAAGCUAUUGUGAUCAGAUUACACCACGCACUCUACGACGGAUGGAGUAUCAAGAUGGUUGAGAAGGAGUUAAACAAGCUAUUGAGUUCGAACAAGAUCGAGGAAAAUCGCCCAUCGCUUCAGCACGUUGUUGAGCAGAUGAAAGACAUCAGAGACCCUGAUGCCGAAACAGCCUACUGGAAGCAGCAUUUGUCGCACGCUGAAGAAACUGUCUUCGGAGCGGCUGAUACUGCUUCGCCAUCUUCUUUUGGUCCACAGUUCAAAGCGACGUUCCCAACCAACAUCCCUCAGGCUGUAGUUGACUUGCUCUCUCAGAAGAGUCAAUCGCAAACUUCCACUACCAUCAUCCUCGCCUACGCCAAGGCUCUCGAGAACAUGACGCAAACGACAUGUCCCACCUUUGGUCUCAACCAUGCGUCGAGAUCUCUCUCAUCGCCUGACGGAACGCAAACUCUCGAUUUGACGGAUGCAAGCAUACCGACGCUUACUGUUACACCAUUGUCGGUGGACUUGACUGGGUCAUUGGAGAGUCAACUCGGAUUCAUUCAGGACCAUCUUGCGCAACUUACAUGCUUCGCUCAAACGGAUGGUUUGUCCAAGAUCAGUCCUCGAUUCAAUUCGUACCUGAACAUUAUCCACCGCAACGAUGCCACCCCGUCUAAUGCCAACGAUGGAGGAGCUUUGCAACGAUACAGGCUUCCGGAACCUCUAGCGUCUAGUUACUUCACGACUACAAAGCCAUCGUCAACUGUGUCUACUGUUGAUCAGCUCAGCACGAGUCACUUGUGUGCUCACAGGCUGUUCUUCAAUGUUAUUGUGAGCGAAAGCGAUAGUAUCAAGAUUACUCUCAGUGCAGACAAGGCGAUUUUGGGUGGAGAUGACAAGAUGAUUCAGAAUUUGGUGCGAUGCUUUGGAGAUAGACUGGAGGAGGUGGUGAAGGAGCUGGAUUAG